GAGGGUCAUUAAUAACUAAUUAGAAAGGGGGUCAGGCCAGUCACGUAUAAAGGCAGCCGAGACUUUGACAAGAAGGAACAUUUUCUAUCCCACUGUCUCUCAAGGAGGAACACGGUUUUUGGCAAGAGAUCCGCUUCGUUUAUUUGUUUUUUUAACCUCACUGGAACCUCGCAGAUUAUUAUUAUUUUUUUAUAAGAUAUAACUUUCUAAAAAAAACUAAAAUAAAGGUGCAAUAUAUCUAGCUAUCUAUAUCUCUAGAUAUCAUUUGAUUAUAAGAUUACCGGCGUGAUGGGUUCCGUGCUGCCCGCCGAAGCAAUGGUACUCAAAUCUGGACUCAAACAGCAGGGCUUGUCCCUGUCUGAUAUUAUUACCUCAGAUAUACUGCACAGUUUUCUCUACGGCAGGUGGAGAAACGUGCUAGGGGAGCACCUCUUUGAGGAAAAGAACACCAACGCCAACCCCAAAACCGCGUUCACCGCCGAGGUCCUGGCACAGUCCUUCUCCGGAGAAGUCCAAAAGCUGUCGAGUUUGGUGUUACCCAGUGAAGUCAUCAUCGCCCAGAGCUCCAUCCCGGGAGAGGGACUCGGUAUCUUCUCCAAAACCUGGAUCAAAGCCGGGACCGAGAUGGGUCCCUUUACCGGGAGGGUCAUGUCCCCCGAACACGUGGAUCUCUUCAAAAACAACAAUCUGAUGUGGGAGGUGUUUAAUGAAGACGGCACCGUGCGCUACUUUAUCGAUGCCAGCCAGGAGGACCACCGCAGCUGGAUGACGUACAUCAAGUGUGCGCGGAACGAGCAGGAGCAGAACCUGGAGGUGGUGCAGAUUGGCAACAGCAUCUUCUACAAAACCUGCGAGGUCAUCCCGCCCGAUCAGGAGCUCUUGGUUUGGUACGGAAACUCCCACAACACUUUCCUGGGAAUCCCUGGCGUUCCGGGAAUGGAGGAAGAUCAUCAAAAAAUCAAACAGAAGAGUGACGACUUCCACAUGUGCGACGGCUCCACCCCCCCUUCUUCCUCCUCCUCCUCCUCCUCCUCUUCCUCCUCCACUUCCUCGGGCUGCCGCAUGCGAUGCGUCAUCUGCCACCGCGGCUUCAACUCCCGCAGUAACCUGCGCUCCCACAUGCGCAUCCACACGCUGGACAAGCCCUUCGUGUGCCGCUUCUGCAACCGUCGCUUCAGCCAGUCCUCCACGCUGCGCAACCACGUGCGCCUGCACACGGGCGAGCGCCCCUACAAGUGCCUGGUGUGCCAGAGCGCCUACUCCCAGCUGGCCGGGCUGCGGGCUCACCAGAAGAGCGCCCGGCACCGGCCCUCCGGCUCCGGGGCCGUCGGCUCCCUGCAGGGCCUCUCCCCCCCCUCGCAGAUGCCAGUCCCGCACCCGGUCGCCCUGGCGCACCACAUACCCACCAUGGUGCUGUGAGGACCCGAGGCAAAACACAAACACGUAGCACUCCUGCCAGGUCUCUGUGUGUGCCAUUGCUCGCCCACCUGCCCGCCCGCCUCCCUUAUUGAAGGUGCUGUUUUGCUAAGGGAUCGGAUAGCAGUAAAGCGUCAAUGCACAGCACUGGUAUGCGUUAUGGCUUUAGCAGGAGAAACAGCAGUGGGCAGUAUUCCAAAAAGGAACACCUCCAUAUUCCGAAACAGCAGAACUUUCCACAGAUCUGUCAGGCGUGCUACCAAGCUCAAUUACAGGCACUGCAGAUGGCAGCUCUGAGGCUGUCAUUUCUAAUAGACUUUGGAGAAUGGGUUCCCUUGACAUGGGCUCACUGGAAACAAGGAGGCAGCAACAAAAAAAAAAUAAGAGUUGGACUAGAAAACUGAUUGUUCUUUAGGGUAUGGGUAUGCUGCAGCCACACUCUUUAAAAGUAGAUCAGGAAUUCUGUCCCUUCAACAGUAUUCCCUUAGUAUAACUGGUCACUCGAUUCCUCAGGAAAAUGUAGAAAUUCGAAGUUAGUUACAGAAUGCUGAAGUACUGAAGUAACGCCCCUUGUGCAUUAUUCAGCAAGCAAUGUACUGUUCCUUUACUGUAUUCAGAAAUUCUAGUGCAUCGUUUUUCUGUUUUGAGACUGCGCAUAUUUUUUUGUUUUGUUUACAGGCCAUAAUGGUUAAAUUUGUGAAGAAAAAAAAAUCUGCAGUUUAUAGAAAUCGAGUAUGUUGUACACAGCGACCUCUGGAGGCUGUUGGGAAGUAUGUCCCGCUGCUUAUUUUAUGGAUUAGUGCGCCCCUAGUGUUCUUAAACGUGCGUUACAAUCCUUCGUGUAUGGAGGAAGACAAUAUUUGUAUGAAAAAAAAUGUAUAUAAAUAUAUAUAUACAAAAUGUAAUUUUAAAACUGUGCUCUACUUCCACAAAUA